CCCUCUAAUUUUUUUAUGCAUUUUUCUAAACUGUCAUGGCGUUUUUGUGUCCUUGGAAAUAAAUGCGGGGAGAACGCGCAGUGUUCGGCAACUGAUGCCCUGACCGGUGAGUGUAGCCCAGAUGCAGUGAAGGUGAAGAGAAAUAUGAAAAUACAAAAGGACAAACAGAUGUCCACCACCCACUUACUAAAGCACACUUCAGCUACAGCAGCCUCUACUGCAACUGCCCAAAAUGCACAAACUCCAUUUCCCAGGGGUCCCCUGGGCUCUAAGGACCAGAUCAGGGUCCUUGGUGGUGGUCAGACCAAUCACUGCAUGGCCCACGCCAAGCACCCCAGGAUGGGCGAGGUGGGCACCAGCACUGCCAGCAUCAGCCCCUGCGCCCCCUCGUCACCCCUCAACAGUGAGGAGGAUGAUGGAGGGGGCGGGCGGUGGGCGAAGAAGAAGAAGAAACGAAAGAAAAAAGACAAGCGGGGCGAGCCUGGCGGUGCCUGGCAGCACAAGGGCUUGGAGAGGGACAUGAAACCAAAGAAAAAGAGGGAGCAGAAAGCAGGGAAGGAGCUGCUACUGUGCAAUUCCAAGGAGCCCAGGAAGGUGAAGGAGGUCAAGGUGAAGGCACCAAAAGAGGUGAAGAGAGGAAGAAAACCCAAGGUGCAGGCCCUGCUCCAUCCCCCUGCAGAAUGCAAGAGCGCCCCCUCUCCUCCCAGACAGAGGGGCUGCAAACCCAGAGCGCAAGUCCUCCAAGGGCCGGUCCCAGUGGAGAAGAAGAAAAAGGGUAAGCGGAAAAGCGAGGCAGUCCUCCAGACGGCUGGGGAGACUGACAAUGUGGCCUGCCUGUCCGCGCUGGCCAUGGGCGGAGAGGAGAGCAUCGAUCCCCUCGACAACACGAAGCGUCGCUCGGGGCGACAGGUGAAGCGCAGGAAGUACAACGAGGACCUGGACUUCAAGGUGGUGGAUGACGACGGGGAGACCAUUGCCGUGCUGGGGACGGGCCGUAUCCCUGCCCUCAACGCUGCCACUCUCGCCUGGCAGGCUGAGGAGCCUCCUGAAGAUGAGGCAAACAUUAUUGAGAAAAUCCUGUCGGUUCGAAACGUGAAGAAAGAGGCGUCCCCUGAGGAGACAACUGAGGAGUUGGAGGAGUUCUAUGUCAAGUACAGAAAUUUCUCCUAUCUGCAUUGUAAAUGGGCGACAUUGGAGGAGUUGGAGAAGGACCCUCGCAUCCACCAAAAAAUCAAGCGCUUCAGGACUAAGCAGGCCCAAAUUAAGCACAUAUUCGUUGAGCCGAAUGAAGACCUCUUUAACCCUGACUACAUAGAAGUGGACCGAGUUCUGGAGGUGGCCAUCACUACAGACACAGAGACAGGAGAGGAGGUGACACACUACCUGGUUAAGUGGUGCUCCCUGUCCUAUGAGGAGGCUACAUGGGAGCUUCAGGAAGACGUGGACCCGGUAAAGAUUCGGGAGUUCGAGGAUAUCAAGAGAAUCCCUGAAUUCAAAUUUGUGGAAAGACCUCAGCCAGACAAGUGGCAGAAGCUGGACAGGUCCAAAGACUAUCGAAGUGGGAACCAGCUGAGAGAGUACCAGCUGGAGGGCAUGAACUGGCUGCUCUUCAACUGGUACAACAGGAAGAACUGCAUCCUGGCUGACGAGAUGGGCCUGGGGAAGACCAUCCAGUCCAUCACCUUCCUCUUCGAGAUGUUCUCCAUGGGCCUGCGGGGACCCUUCCUCAUCAUCGCCCCCCUUUCCACCAUCACCAACUGGGAGAGGGAGUUCCGCACCUGGACGGAGAUCAACGUCAUCGUCUACCACGGCAGCCAGAUCAGCCGCCAGAUGAUCCACCAGUAUGAGAUGUACCACAAGGACCAGCAGGGAAACAUAGUGUUGGGAGGGUACAAGUUCCACGGGGUGAUCACCACCUUUGAGAUGAUCAUGGCCGACUGCCCGGAGCUGAAGAAGAUCCACUGGCGCUGCGUGAUCAUCGACGAGGCCCACCGCCUCAAGAACCGCAAUUGUAAACUCCUGGAGGGCCUCAAGCUCAUGAACCUGGAACACAAGGUCCUCCUGACAGGCACCCCCCUGCAGAACUCCGUGGAGGAGCUCUUCAGUCUGCUCAACUUCCUGGAGCCCCUACAGUUCCCCUCAGAGAGCCUCUUCCUGGAGGAGUUUGGAGAUCUGAAGACUGAGGAACAGGUGAAGAAGCUUCAGGCCAUCCUUAAGCCCAUGAUGCUGCGGCGGCUGAAGGACGACGUGGAGAAGAACCUGGCGCCCAAGGAGGAAACCAUCAUCGAGGUGGAGCUCACCAACAUGCAGAAGAAGUACUACCGUGCCAUCCUGGAGAAGAACUUCACCUUCCUGGCCAAGGGGGCCAACCAACACAACAUGCCCAACCUCAUCAACACCAUGAUGGAGCUACGCAAGUGCUGCAACCACCCCUACCUGAUCAAAGGUGCGGAGGAGAAGAUCCUGGAUAGCUUCAGGAAAACGCACAGCCCUGAUGCCUGGGACUUCCAGCUCCAGGCCAUGAUCCAGGCGGCGGGGAAGCUGGUGCUUAUCGACAAGCUGCUGCCCAAGCUGAUUGCUGGCGGCCACAAGGUGCUGGUCUUCUCCCAGAUGGUGCGCUGCCUGGACAUCCUGGAGGACUACCUCAUCCAGAGGAGGUACACCUAUGAGCGCAUUGACGGCAGAGUACGGGGUAACCUGCGCCAGGCAGCGAUCGACAGAUUCUGUAAGGUGGACUCUGACCGCUUUGUGUUCCUGCUGUGUACCCGUGCUGGGGGCCUGGGCAUCAACCUGACCGCUGCAGACACCUGCAUCAUCUUCGACUCAGACUGGAACCCCCAGAACGACCUACAGGCCCAAGCUCGCUGCCACCGCAUCGGCCAGAGUAAAGCAGUGAAGGUGUACAGGCUAAUCACCAGGAACUCCUAUGAGAGGGAGAUGUUUGACAAAGCCAGUCUGAAGCUGGGUCUAGACAAGGCUGUGCUGCAGGACAUCAAUCGAAAGGGCAGCCUCAAUGGGGCGCAGCAGAUGACCAAGAUUGAGGUGGAGGACCUGCUGAGGAAGGGGGCUUAUGGAGCGUUGAUGGAUGAAGAGGACGAGGGCUCCAAGUUUUGUGAGGAGGACAUCGACCAGAUCUUGCAGCGCCGCACCCAAACCAUCACCAUCGAGACAGAGGGCAAGGGCUCCACCUUCGCCAAGGCCAGCUUUGUGUCUUCUGGAAACAGAACUGACAUUUCCCUGGACGAUCCCAACUUCUGGCAGAAAUGGGCGAAAAUAGCAGAGCUGGAGAUUGACUCCAAAGCAGAGAAGGAGAGCCUGGUGAUUGAUACGCCUCGUGUGAGGAAGCAGACGCGCCACUACAACUCGUUCGAAGACGACGAGCUGAUGGAGUUCUCUGAGCUGGACAGCGACUCAGAAGAGAGGCCCUGUCGCACCCGCCGCUUCAGCGAGAGGAACAGACGCUACCUCCGCGCCGAAUGCUUCCGCGUCGAGAAGAACCUGCUCAUAUUUGGCUGGGGUCGCUGGAAGGACAUCCUGACCCACGGGCGCUUCAAGUGGCAACUGUCUGAACGUGACAUGGAGGUGCUGUGCCGGGCGCUGCUGGUCUACUGCUUGCGCCACUACAAGGGCGAUGACAAGAUCAAGAGCUUUAUCUGGGACCUCAUCACACCCGCCAAGGAUGGCCAUAAACAAGACCUGCAGAACCAUUCUGGCCUGUCGGCCCCAGUGCCCAGGGGACGCAAGGGUAAGAAGCUAAAGAACCAGCUGAGUGUGCCCGAGAUGAAGCAUGCAGACUGGCUUGUCAACUGCAACCCAGAGGUGGUGCUACAGGACGACAGCUACAAGAAACACCUCAAGCAGCACUGCAACAAGGUACUUCUGAGGGUGAGGAUGCUGUACUACCUCAAGGCGGAGGUACUGGGAGAGACUGCUGCUCAGUCCCUGGAGGGCAUCCCUGCCAGUAAACUGGAGGUGGCGCUGCCUGAUAUUGACUACAUCGAGAUCCCAGCAGGCUGGUGGGAUGCAGAGGCGGAUAAGUCUCUCCUCAUAGGAGUGCACAAACACGGGUACGAGCGGUACAACGCCAUGCGGGCCGACCCAGAGCUGUGCUUCUUGGAGCGGGUGGGCAUGCCUGACGUCACGGCGCUCUCAGCCGAGCAGAGUGGAGGAGAGGUGGUGGCUGACCUCACUGACAGUGCUUGCAAAAGUGAUGACAUGAAAGACAAUCCUGAAUGCAAUCCAGAGGAGGGAGGAGUGGAAAAGGUUGAUAAUAAGGAUGAAACCAGCUCCAGCAAUGAUGCAAUGGACAAGCAUGACAGUGUAGUUCAAGACACACUUUCAGUGGAGAUGGUCAAGGAGGGCUUUGGCCAGGAAGGGUUUGGCCAGGAGGGCAUGGAGCUACAGGGUCGCCCUCUGUGGCCGGCCGGCCCUGCCCUUACCGCCAGGCUACGUCGCCUCAUCACGGCCUACCAGCGCUUCAUGCGGCGCGAGCCCCUGCGCCACGACUUCCUGCUGCCUGAAGGGCUGGGGUCAGGCCUGGGGCCGAUGUCCUGGCAGCUGGGGGAGGAGAUUAGGCGGUGCACGGUGGCUGCCACUGAACCUGACCCUCUCUUCCUGGAGUGGCAGAGAAGGUGGGUGAUGUCAGAGCAAAGGUGGACACGGCGUGAGCAAGCAGAUUUCUACCGCACCGUGUCGUCGUUCGGCGUGGUGCACGACCUGGAGAAGAAAACCUUCGACUGGAGUUUGUUCCGCUCCUUCGCCCGGCUGGAGAGGAAGACGGAUGAGAGCCUGGAGAGAUACUUCAGCAGCUUUGUGUCCAUGUGCCGCACCGCCUGCAGAUUGCCCCCCAGGAAGGACGAAGGGCCUCUGGACCACAACCUGUUUGUGGAGCCCAUCACAGAGGAGCGAGCAGCACGCACCCUCUACCGUAUCGAGCUACUGCGCAAGGUCAGGGAGCAGGUGCUGCGCCACCCACUGCUGGGCCCGCGGCUGCAGCUGUGUCGGCCCAGCCUCUACCUGCCUGUGUGGUGGGAGUGUGGUAAGCACGACCGCGACCUCCUGAUUGGAGCGGCCCGCCAUGGCCUCAGCCGCACUGACUACUACAUCCUCAAUGACCCACAGCUUUCUUUCCUGGAGGCCCACCGCAACUAUGUCCAGAAGGAGAAUCACCAGGGCUACCAACCCAGUGUGCACCACGCAGGCAUGGCCCCCUCACCGCACCACCACCCCUACUGCCUGUACGAGACGGGCCUCGGCCAAUGCCACUCUCCCCAGCCGCCGGAGUACGGUCACCCAGCCAUCCCCUCCUCGUCGAUCCACGCUCAUUCUCACCCGAACAUCCACGUCCAUGGUCACCCGCCAGAGAUAGUGGGCAUGGACCCCGGUGGCAGGCUAGGUAUGGUGUCCGUGCCCAGGGAGGGCUUCAUGGUUUGCCCCCCUCUGGAUGAGUCAUUGGAGCUGGCUUCACUGCAGCAUGAGGGCCUGGCCUCAGAUUCCCUCCAUUGCAAGUCUGCCAAGGAGGCCUGCAACGGAUUCCCCUUCAACUCAGCGCAGGGCGGUCAGAGCAUGCUCAACUCGUAUGGUGUGCAGGGGGAGCUGAAUGGUGAGCAGUCAGCCGACAUGGACCCUAUCAUCAUGGGCAAGCUGCGCAGCGACGUGCUGGUGGGCGAGCAGGGCUCCUCGGAAGAGACUGGCCUUAUGGCCCCCUUGCUGGAACAGGAGCUGCAGGCGCCCUGGGAGAGCACGGACCACGUAGGCACCGCAGAUGUUGUGGGCAUGUUCAAUGAGGCCGACCCCAUCCUGGGGGCACCAGCCCUUGAGACAGAGUUCCUGGACACAGAGGAGCAGCCGGGAGACGGGGGAAGGGAGGACGGAGCAGGGGGAGCGCUUGACGACUGCCUAGGUAUCCCCUCGUCCCGGAGCGACCCAGGGGAGCCGCUGCCUUCCAGUUUCAUACUGUUCAAGAACAUUGGUGUGAGCGAGGAGGAGCCUGCUGAGGAGCACACAAACCUCUCCGCCAGCCCCCCUCCUCCCUACAUCCCCCCUCCGCACCUGUCGCUGUCCCAUAUGACCUUGCACACCCACCACCAGGGUGAUGUCGAGGAGCCAGAGGACAAGCUGAGCGACUCGGACGCCGUCGCCCACAUGCCCAGCCCUGACGAGAGAGAGGCAGAGAGGGAUGUGUCCUUUGAGUUUGACAAAGAGGAGAUGUCUGGGGACAGUCUGAGUCUGGUGGGGCUGGAGCAGGGCCUGGACGCCUCAGGUAUACCAUGCGAGGACUCUCUCCAAGAGGAGCCCUGCAAUGGGAUGGAGAUGGGCUCUCCAGUGGAGUCAUGUGAUGCGGCUCUAGAGAGGCCAGGGGAAGAGACUUUAGAAUGGAACACACCCUUAGGGCCAGGGAAGGAGGGGCUUCUAGAGGGGCAGUUUGAAGAACCCUUGGAGAUAUCGCCCAUGGAUUCCCAGGAGGAGGGACCAGUGGAGGGGCCUCUGGAAGACUUUUGUGAAGACCCAGCACCAGAAGGACCAUUCGCAGGGCCGUUGGAGGAGCAGUACGACAUAGAACCAGAAGGGGCCUCUGAGGGGCCCGCUGAAGCAGAGAGCACUUUAAGAGAACACACACUCCUCACUGUUGACGCAACAGACUCUCUACCCCCAUCCUCCUCAGGCACCACGCCCCAGCCUGAGCCACCACUGUCCCCACGUGUGGCGGGAGAGGCACAGAUCAAACUGGAGUUCCCUCUGGACCCAGAGAGCUCUGAGAGCAAGUCGGACAUCCUGGAGCCUGACAGCACUGUCCUCACGCCUAAACUGGAGCAGACAGAGGUGCUGCUGGACGUGAAGGACGAGAUCAAGGAGGAGAGGCCCCAAACUCCAGCCUCUGUGGUGGACAGCUAUGUGGAGGUGGCACAAUUUGCAGCCCCCAUGUCCAUGUGUGAGAUGCCUGACAGUCUGCAGGACACGCGGGAGCCCACCAUCGCCCAGCUGCUGCAGGAAAAAGCCCUCUACUCCUUCUCCGAGUGGCCAAAGGAUCGGGUGAUCAUCAACCGCCUGGACAGCAUCUGUCACGCCAUCUUGAAAGGGAAGUGGCCCUCUUCCAUCCAGCAGUAUGACUCUCCCAGCUCUCUGGAAAACACCUAUGUGCCCAACAGUGUGCACCAGAGUGCUGGCGUCAUCUCAGCCAGGGUACAGCCAUCCCAGAGGCUUAACUUCAACAUCCCAGCCCCGCCUGUCACCCGCCUGCCCAAGUACAAGUCAAGAAAUGCCGGGGAAUGCAGCCGGGGAGGCUGGAGGUUGACAUCCUUGCCUCUCUUGCAGGAGAGGUUGGUGGCGCCGCCCUAUCUGCCCGAACUAAAGCGGGGUAGGCGUGCGUUUGAGUACGAGGCAGAGGUGGUCAGUAAGCAGUACCACACAGGGGAGAAGAUGCCCGUAACUCUGUCGAACAGAGGCGGGGCACUGCUGCUCAACGGCUGGCAGGAGGCGGCCAUGGACCUCUCCAAGGCCGGGGAUCUGGGUAUUGGGGGCGAAGCGGCAGCCACUGUAGGCCACAUGAGCAACCAGGACCACCCCGGUGCCCAAAAACUGCCCGCCAUGGGCGCCAUGCAGAGUGCCAUGCAGGGUUCGGUGGGGAUGGACAUGGCCGGGAUCCUGCAGGCAGGUCUCAUCCACCCCGUCACUGGCCAAAUCGUCAACGGCAACCUGAGGUGUGACGACGCCAUCAUGCGCCGGAGGAGAGGCAGACGGAGAAAUGUGGAGGCGGUUGACAUCGGGUUCGUCAAGAGCAGAGGAAUGCAUGUGCCGGAACAACAGGGCAGGGUAGAAGUCAUCAGCCAUUCUGCAGUGUCGUCCACCUCCUCCCCACCGGAGCGGCCCCCGGGAACCUCCACCCCCACCCAGUCAGAGGUGGUGGCCAUCGACAGAGAGGCUGCCAACAAGAGCUUGAUGGAAUGGCUGCGACAGAAUCCCAACUACAACAUGGAGGUGCCCACUUUCGCACCGUCUCCUGGCGCAGCGAUUUUGCACAGCUUUGUGGAGCGGCCCAAGCAGCGGCGGCAUCGCUGCAAAGACCCAACCAAGCUGGACGUCAACUCCCUAACAGGGGAGGAGAGGGUCCCCGUGGUUCAUAGGGGCACUGGCCGUAGGCUUGGGGGUGCUAUGGCUCCAGCAAUCAAGGAGCUCUCCCGAUGGCUGGAUGCGAAUACUGAGUACUGCGUGGCACCCGACUGGGCAGAUGUAGUGAAACACUCUGGCUUUCUUCCCGAGGGCAAGUUCACCCGCAUCCUCACUGAGCCCGUGUGCCGCGACCAGGGGCCCCGCCGACGGGGCCGUCGUCCCCGCGGCGAAAUGCCCAAGCCCCUCCUCUCUGAGUCGCCUAUGGGCCCGCUCUUUAUGAACGGCGGCCUGAUCGGUAGCAUGGACCUGGUCAGCCUCCAGAACCUUCACAAUGUCCAGGGCAUCCCACUCACAGGCUUGAUGGGAUUCCCCCAUGGCUUUGCUGUGUCUGCCGGCGAGGACGCAAAGAAUGGCCUGAGCAUGCUGCCCAUGAUGCUCCACGGCAUACACGGCGCCCCCCACAUGUUCAGCGUUCAGGGACUGAAGGGGCAGCCGCCCACCUGCUCCGCUACCACCACCUCCUCCUUGGCUGCAGUUACCACCACUACGGCCUCCUCCUCAGCGGCCAGUAGCCCCUCCCGAGGCCCCAGCCAGGCAUCUUCGAGCACAGGGGCCGAGGGCUCCGGCAUUCAGCCUGGCACAGAGAGAAAGAGGGAGGACAAGCAGCAAGGUGCGAUGGGCAGCCACAGCAUCGCGGCCAUCACCACCACCGCGGCAACCAGCAGCAGCAGUGGCGUCGGCAGUAGCAGCGGCAGCCACCUGGCCUUCAACCCUUUCCUCGUUCCGGGGAUGUCCCAUGGACUGCUGUACCCUCACAUGUUCCUCCCGCACGGGGGCAUCAUGGCGCUGCCAGGUAUGCCGCCUGCAGACUCCUCCGGCAGCCCAAAGAGGAAGAAAAGAACAAGGGAGGAAGGGGUGGUGGUGGUGGAGGAGGCAGGCAGACACAGCCACUUACAGACGGACAGUGGACCUCCGAAAAAACCCAGUGAUGGCCAGACUGGGGAGAGCACGGCUGACCAGGCCGGGCCGGAGGCAAGGGAGCAGAUGGAGGACAACAUUCAGGAGGAGGGCACGGGACACGACUCCCAUGAUCCUCCAGAGGUAAACCCCAAGAAGAGCGUUGAAGAGGAGAGAGGAUCGGAGGAGAAUAGCGUGAUUGAGGAGGAAAAACUGCCUGAGGAGGAGAGAGAGUCAAGGGGGGCAGAGGAUUCACAAUAGACUUCUUCUCCCUCCUCUUUCUUACUGUGCAACAGUGUUACGUUUGUGGUGUGUAAGUAACUUAAUUUUUAUGUAAAUACUUUUAUCCACUUAUUUUUUAUAGCGCUCCUGCCCUGUAGCAAAUGUGUGAUUAUCUUAUACUGUAUAUCCCCACACAUGCUCCAGUCAAGAACUUCAUGAAAGAGAUGCAAACACACACUUGCAAGCGAAGGGAGGAAUUGCGCAACUGUGUUACAUGGUUGUAACAAUUCAAGCAUCCUUGACGGUCUGCUGCGUCAUGAUCGUGGCACUUUAAGAUGCCUGGUAUGUCCUGGUUGCAAAAAGGUAAAGCUGGGGGCCUUUUUGACUGAAGAGGAGAAGGAUUUUGGGUUGUGUUCAUUAGGGCAUGCAAUGGAGAACAUUGUCAAACGGUAAAUGUGUGUUUCUUAUCAAGGAGUCCCACCCUGUUUGUCAGUUUUUUUUAUCCAUUUGGUGCGUAAUGAUCACAACCAAGAAGGAUGUAGCCGUCUAGUGAUUACUGUCCCUUCAGUUCACUUGAUGGUGUUAAGGAAUGUGAAUAUCCCCCUACAGUUGUUUCAUGUCCCGAAAGCCUAAAACUAAUGGCAAUUUUAUUUGAAGGUCCUUCAAAAUGUGUUGAAUAUAAUAAUUUAUUAAUCGGUAUAUCAUUUUUAUAUCAAUACAUGCAAGGUAGCUUGCAGCCCCAAGUUUGAGAAGAAGCAUAACUGCUGCUGAGAAGUUCUCUAUAGGACAGCUUUUGUCCAUCCCUAUUUGGUUUGUCUUGUUAAUGCUAUAUAAACAUUUUUCAAAAGGAAAUAGACCAACAAAAGUGUGUAAAACAGAUUUGGAGAAAACAAUGAUGGUAGUAUAACUGAUCGAGAGAACACAUAUUGAGUACGACGGCUACAAAAAAUAAAAGAUUGCUUAUAACGGAAGGCAAAGAAUAAUCCAGAGUUUUUAUAAUGCUUUAAAAAAUAAAUACAAUAAAAACAUCUCAGAAAGGUCACUUUGGGGUAUGGUCAGCUGUGUCAGUGCGGGGAGCAGGGAAGAAGUGCCAUAGACAAGUCUGUCACAGAGAGCUCUGUUGAGAGAGCCAGUGCCUCACCGGUGAGGGACAAGCACACAGACGGUACUUCACUAAGGGAGAGGGGUGGUGUGGGGUGUGCAAAAUGUAAAAAGAAUCUGUCCAUUCCCAUCCACCUUUCCAGUGAUAGGGAAAAGUUAGUUGUUUGAUCACAGAUACUGUAUGUAAAGCAGUGGCGGAGUGCCUCGUUGUUUUAAAGGCUUCGUGGUCUCCUUUUCUUUCCUUAGAAGCAUUUUAAGCUCCUGUUGACUAGGUCAUACUCAGAAUGUUAAAUGUAAAUCUAUUUAGCUGUAUAUUGCUGUCACUUUUGUUUACAAGCACACCACGUUUUUAGUUUUCUCCAUUUUGUCCCUCGACAUUAGGGGGAAAUGGCAAAAUCAGUACCAGUGUUUCUUGUAUUUAACAUACUGUACUACCCUAAAUGGAUGCAAAAGCUGAUUUUAUUCUCAAUUUUACAACAGGGUCUGUUUUUUGGGAUAUUUGUUUUAGACUUAGCUUCUACGCAUAACAACUUGACUUAACUUUUUGUUUGUGCAAAAAAAAAAAAAAAAAACGGUGUCCUUUUUGGUGAAUGUUUACCUGUACCUGUAUUCUGUCUAUUCAUAUUUUAUUUGUGUAUGUGUGCAUGCAUGCGCACACUUACACAACCUGUCCCAUGGGUUACAUUUUUUUCUAGAGCUGUAUUUCUACCACUUGUCUUGCUCUAGCGUCACCUUUCUUUGUUGGAAGACAAGUUAUUGUUGCCUUGUCACAACUUGUGACUAUAUAAUUUAUUUGUUUUGCUUUGCCAAACUUUCACCAAAUAUGACAUUAUUUUUCUUUCAACUUAGUUGAUUAUAUUAAAAGUAAAAUGCCUUAUUUAGCUAGUGUUUUAUAUAUAGAUGUUUUGUUACAUCUCCAUAUUGGAAGUUAUAUAUCAAAAGUAUUUUGUUUAGUUUGUUUGAAAUGCCCCUUCAGUUGUAUGCAUACAUGCCUUGGUAAUGUGCAAAACCAGGAUUUGGCAUUUGGUGGUAUCAGUCACUGCAGUGUUAUAAGAUAAUCUACUCAAGUUAUCUUUAUGGUCCAAUUCACUUACUCCAAAAAGUGACUCAAUCAAUCUUCCAAAGCACAAUGGAGAACAACUAAUUAUUACUGUUUUCUCAUCAGUGCCUCUGAGAUUUGGUUUGAUAUUUUCUCUUCAUUUGUCAAACUUCCGCUGAUUACAAAAUGUAUGUAGAUAAUCUAGGCUGAAGUCACUAAUGCGAAACAUCCCUGAACCUAUUCCAAACUUAUCUAAUGUAAUCAAUGUGAAGGGUGCCAUGCAAUUCCUUAUUGAUCAUGUCUGAGUGUCCCCUUGUUUCACUCAAACAACAAGCUUUUCAUAUGCUUAUAUUCACUUAACAGGCCUUCAGUUUUCGUAAAGACAUCAAGGGUGCACAGUAUGUAUACAACUGAAGUGGAUGUGAUGUUAAAACCUAUGCUCAUCCAAUUGUUGACCUAUUCUGCAUGUUGGAUCCAAUAUUCCACUACCAUUGGCUGAGUAAUGUGUCUUCAGAUAGACAAGUAAUCUGUUUUGGGGAAUAUAAAGUAGAUUAUUAGAUCUCAACACACCAGCCCUCAUCCAUUUUCUAUUACUUCGCUUGUAUGUGAAAACUUGAAAAACAACUAAUUGGUGCAGUAUGUGACUACAGUUGGUCAAUUAAUAUUUAUUCAGUCUUCAUGUUCUGAACACGUUUUACUGUGUUUUCUUUUCAGUUAGUCUUUGGUAAUUUAUGGAAAGGUCAGAUUUGAUUUCAAGUCGUGUAUUUCUUGUACAAGUCUUGUCUAAGCAUUUUCAUGUUUAUGCCUGGUGUGAAACGUCAGGGUUCAGAGGGACAACAGUCAGCUUGCUGGCUCGUUUGACAUUUUAGAAUGUUUGUUGUAUCUUUUCUGCCAUCACCUGUGGCGAGAAUAGUUUAAAAUACAUAAAUGUUAUAACUUUUCCUGAAAAAAGUGUAACGCACUUAACAUGUGCCAUAGAUUGUGGGUCAUUUGGGAUAAGGUCAAUUGUAUCAGUGUGAACUUUUGGCUGAAUUGUACUAUAACCUAUUUCUGCAGUCAGGUCAGACACUAGGCCCUAUACAUACAUUCUGUUAAGUAUUUGCAUGUCAGAGGAAAGAUGCAGGCUCUGGCUUUCCAAUGCCAUGCUAUGUGUGUUGUGAUUGCAUGCCUGGACAUGCUGGUUAUAUAGGCCCAGAAAAUUGCCACAAUCCAAGUUGCAGAGAUGGCAGACCACUCUGACUGUGUGUGUCUGCAUGCAUGCUUCAAGUUUCUGUUCAACAGCUGCUUGCAUAAGAACCGUUGACAGAUUAGGACAUUUGUUUUCAGGCUCAUACAGUCAAAGCCAGUGUUCACUAAAUGAGUUUACUGUAAAGCUACAUUGAACCAAGUGCACUGUGUGUGGGAACAUCAUGCUACAAAAGAAAAGUACUGGCUGACGUAAGCUACAUUAAGUUGUGGAUUACAUUUUUUUGUUGACUAGCUCCAGUAUUCCCUUGUGGACCAAUCACAUAAUUCAGAACAUGGUAUGUGAUCUUUUAUUGUGCAAUAAAAGAUGACUUUCAACUUUCA